CGAAGCUACACACAGCAGUCAUGCAGGUUCUGAUCAUUAUCCUGCUACUGGGUGUCGCAGCAGCAAAACCUAACCCUGUUGCAUAUCCUGACCCAAAAGCUGGUUUCGGUGGACUUGGUCUUGGCUACGGUCUUGGAGGGUACGGUCUGGGAGGUCAUGGCUAUGGCUUGGGAGGCCUUGGUUACGGUCUCGGGGGCAUCGGUCGCGGUGGUUAUGGCUUCGGCUACGGACCUCGUCUCAUAGGCGGCUUCUACGGAUAACAUCCAGUGUCCUAGAAAAAUCUAAAACACUUCAAAGCCUGUUAAAAGAAUUCUAAUACAUUUUAUAUGGUACAUUUU